GCUCCCCAUUCUCUACUUUGGAGGCUCCUUCUUUCACUUUUGUUGCUAAAGAUGAGAAGAAAGUGGAGAUUGGAGAACUUUCACUUUAUCUUUUUCACUGUGCUCUGUCUCCUUUUCCUAGACGGAGGUAAACUAGAACAAGUAAAACAUUCAGAUACGUACUGUGUGUUUCAAGAUAAGAAGUACCGCGUAGGAGAGAGAUGGCACCCUUACCUAGAGCCCUACGGCCUUGUUUACUGCGUUAACUGUCUCUGCUCAGAGAAUGGAAAUGUGCUGUGCAGCAGGAUACGAUGCCCAAGCCUACACUGUCCUUCUCCCGUGCACGUACCCCAGCUGUGCUGCCCCCGAUGCCCAGAAGACUCCCUUUUCUCAGUGAGCAGCAAAAUCACGGGCAAAUCCUGCGAGUACAACGGUACCACCUACCACCAUGGCGAAAUGUUUGUGGCCGAGGGGCUCUUCCAGAACCGGCAAGCGAACCAGUGCGCGCAGUGCAGCUGCUCCGAAGGGAAUGUGUACUGUGGGCUGAAGACGUGUCCCAAACUAACUUGCUCUUUCCCAGUUUCUGUUCCGGAGUCCUGCUGUCCAGUUUGCAGAGGAGAUGGAGAAUUAUCCUGGGAGCACUCCGACGGAGACAUCUUCCGGCAGCCGGCCAACAGGGAAGCUAGGCACUCGUACCCCCGCUCGCACUACGAGCCGCUGCCCAGCUCGCCCAGGCAGGCGGGCAGCGCCCCGCGCUUCCCGGGCGCCAGGAGCAACCGCGGCGUCCUGCCCGACCCCCAGCAGGCAUCGGGGACCAUCGUGCAGAUCGUCCUCAACAACAAGCACAAGCACGGGCGAGUGUGUGUUUCAAAUGGCAAAACAUAUUCACAUGGUGAAUCUUGGCAUCCUAAUCUCCGGGCCUUUGGAAUUGUAGAGUGUGUGUUGUGCACCUGCAACGUCACCAAACAAGAAUGUAAGAAAAUUCAUUGUCCAGAACAAUAUCCCUGCAAAUACCCUCAGAAAGUAGAAGGAAAAUGCUGUAAAGUCUGUCCAGAAGAAGCGCCAAGUCAGAGCUUUGACAACAAAGAUUUUUUCUGUGGCAAAGAGACAUUGCCUGUCUAUGAAUCCGUUUUCACAGAGGAAGGAGAAACCAUCAGAAAAAUUGCAGUAGAGACUGAAAAGCCACCUCAAAUAGAAAUACAUGUGUGGACAAUUAGAAAAGGGAUCCUGCGCCACUUCUACACUGAGAAAAUAUCCAAGAGCGAAUUUGAAGAACUUCCCUACUUCAAGCAGAUAACAAGAACAACCCCUAGCCAGUGGAAAAUAUUUAGCGAGGGAGAAGCUCAGAUCAGCCAAAUGUGUGAAAGCAGAGUGUGCAGGACUGAGCUCGAGGAUUUGGUAAAGGUUUUGUACCUUGAAAAGUCUGAAAAGGGUCACUGUUAAGGGAGACAGCACUGGAGGGAGAAACACAAGAAAACUUAUGAAAACUUGGAUCUGCAGCUGGACUGCAGGCUUAUUUUGCUUAAGUCAACAGUUGCCCUAAAACUCAAAACUAUAAUGCAGUAAUUAUUCACAUCAUGCACAGCAAAUUUGCUGCUUUAUGUGUAGUGGUCUGUGUCAACCGUUUAAAUAUCUCCUCAAAAAGACUAGGAGGCUCUGUAUUACUGGUGGGGGAAGGAGAAAAAGAGACUGUAGUUUCUUAGAGUUGCAUUUCUUUACAAGUUAAAAAAAGAAAACAGAACAUUUUUAUUAUUAUUAUUUGGCAAGUUAUUCAAACUAAUGAAAAGAAGGACACCUAAUAAAUGUGCAGGAGCUACGGAGAGUAUUAUUUCCUGUGCUGAGUUUAUUCCGUUUCUGGUGUUGAAAUGACUCACAGAUUUUUAGAAGGGGAGGAAAAACACAAAUAUAACACAAUACUUGUGUUGGAGACAUAAAAAACAGAUUUAAGCUAACAAAUUUGUAAGCAGCCUGCCUUUGGGAUGAUGUCUUGCAGUUGAGCAAACUGAGUCCAUAAACUGAACAGCAGGUGUUAGUGGGAAUCACUAUAUUUUUGCAGCAAUUUGAGAAAAUCUUCACUUUUAAGUGGUUUUCACUCAGUUUCCACCACCCACUUCUCUAAAUAAAGUGUAACGUGUUAGCUCCCUAUCACGGCCCUAAUAACUUCAUUCUUGUGGGUCCUAUUAACACACGUCUUGGCUGAUAUCCUGCCUUACCCGGCGUGUGGCGAAAGGUGGG